AUGGACCGUUCUGAUCUGAAAUGCUUGUAUGAAAAAAUAGGAAAUACCAAAAUAAAUUCAGGGAUAUUCUCGACGCUUCCGGCAAGGAGAAGUUUAGCGCAACUGGAGUUUAUACGAAAAAGUGUCAAUUGGGAGUUCGAGUACGAUCGACAUCGCCUUUACAUUAUGCUUUGUGAAUUAAUAAGAUUUUGGGAGGGUCCAGUUCCGAAGCUCGAGGACAUUUUUCGGGCAGAAGAGAUCGAAUACUUACUCAUAGAGUCCAUGAAGUCCAACAAAAACCACGUAAUCGAGGCAGAUUUACUCUUCGAGUUCAUCGCGGAGACCGGCUACAAGGACAAACCUUUAGGGGGCGAACCAUCCAAGCUUCGCACGACCGCGGUACACCAAGCGGCCAGACGUUAUUUCUCCGACAGAUCGAGACAGAUACGCCGUGAGCUUUUUGAUAUAUACGACAAUUUCGAGAUGAACUACACGGACGAUUCCGGCCUCAGUCACUUGCACGUGGCCUGUGUGUCCGGUUGCGCGAAGGCCGUGGAAAAAUUCCUCGAGCACGGCCAGGAUCCCAAUCUCGUCUGGGAAGAAACGGGUGACACGCCGCUGCACAUGGCUCUGGCUAACGGUUGCAAGAACCUGAUCCGAUUGCUGCUGAGCCGGGGCGCCGAUCCCAACGUGGCCAAUAAAGAAGGAUUGACCGCUCUGCACGUUCUUUGCCAGAGAGAAAACGACGACGGCCACUUGUCCGAGAUAUUUUUCGAUACCGUCCAGGCGGAGGCGUUGACGGUCGAUGCCCUGGAUGCGUACGGAAACGCCCCUCUGCACUUCGCCGUGGACAAUCGAUUGAGCGUCGCGACUGAAUCGCUGCUGCGACUAGGCGCCAACCCUAAUUUGACGAACGAGGACGGAUCGACUGCUCUGCACGUCGCAUGCUCGAAGUACGACGAGGUUAAAUUGGUCGAGAUGUUAUUGAACGCGAACAAAGAUCCCUCGGUGCACGUAAAUGUCCGGGACAGGAUGGGCCGUACACCGCUACACUUGGCCUUGGAAUUAGACAACGAGAGGACAGCCGAAUUACUGCUGAGAGCAGGAGCCGAUCCAAACCUUCCCGACGACAAUGGAUCGACUCCUCUGCACGUCAUUUGCAGCAUCAAGGGCCACGACGACGACUCGUUGAAAAAGUUCUUCGAUGUCAACGACAGAUUGCUGCGGAUCGUGCACGUCGAUGCCCGAGACACGAUGGGCCGGACACCGUUGGACGUGGCUCUGGCACGCGGCAACUCGAAGCUGAUCGAAUUACUGCUGAGCAGAGGCGUCGACUCGUGCACGGCCUAUCGGGAUGGAUCCACUCCUCUGCACCACAUUUGCAAUAUGGAGGGAAACGACGAUGGCUUGUUGAGGGCGUUCUUCAAAUGCACCGACGCAUUUGGUCGGACGGUGAACGUCGAUGUCCGAGACGCGGAAGGCCGGACACCUGCGGACGUGGCUUUUAUCCGCGGCAACUCGAAGUUGAUCAAAUUGCUGGUGGCGAGAGGCGCCGACGUGUCUUUCGCCAACGAGGACGGACGGGUGCAGAUCCGCGAGGCUCGACCGCUACCUCCGCUGAUCCGCGAGAUCGAAAAAAAGUCUCUGCGGCUGCGCGAGAUAGACACGAAGGACGAGAAGGCGGCUCUGCAGAUCCGUAAGAUUCAAAAAGAAUUGAUCCGUUUGAAGGAGGAAUUCAUGAAGCCAGUAAGGUGUAAUGAGUGCGGCAGUAUGUUAGCUAAAAUUUAA